CUUUAGAAAUGUCCUUAAAUAGAUUAAUGAAAGACACAUUUUAUUCAUCAUAUAUUUCUCCUUAUCUUGUGCUAUAUUUCAUAAUUUGUAAAUAUAUUAUCCUAUGUUUAUGAUGAUAAUACCUUUGAUUAUUUCUGGAGUGGGUACAGUAAGGUGUGCGUUUCCCUACAUAAAUCCGGAUUGUCAAUGAAAUAUGAAAUGCUAUCCUUCAUGGAAAAUCAGUCACGGAGCUGGGAGCAGGUCACGAGAUUCAGAUGUUCCAAACGAGAAAAGGCGAGAUGUCACGUUAAAGAUGGCGGACAAGGAUCAGGAAACUCGAAGUGGUUAUGUAUCCCCGAUUAAAUCUCCUGCAGACGUCCCUAAUGUGAAGUUUUCAUAUCCACAAACGGGUGUGGGCUUUGAAAAUCAAACAAAUGGAACUGAUUUCAACAUGAACACAUAUAAGAAUGCUCGUGAAUACGCACAAGCUGUUCGUCAGUGGUUGUGGCACUAUCAUUGCUGGAAUUCCAUGAACAGUUUCAUGUCAAUGAUGCCCCUGUAUGCCAUGAGUUGUCCUCACCCCGGAGGGAUGACAGGUUCUGCAGCAGCAGGCCAGUACUCAAGUUUUGGGGGCAACCAUAAUAACCUGAGACAAAGAACUGGCCAAAAUGUGCAAGCCCAGGUCCGAGCAGAUAGGUCAGCAGGACAGAGACAAGGGACAGAAUUUGCAUUGCCAUCAUUUUGGAAGAGAGUUGCAGCUGAACUGAUUGACUUCACAUUGCUGUUCUACAUUAAGCUAGUUGUUACUGUCAUUGUCAUGAGAGAGCUGGGCUACAUGGAUGGCAAUGUUGAUUACAAUUUAUUUUUCAACCUGGAAGAAAUGGAUUAUGACAAAGCUUUCGCUAUCACAUCAGAAGUUAUCGCAAUGGAGAUUGUAAAUCGACUUCUUAUUACCAUGUUUGAGACGUUAUGCUUACGUCAAGGCAUUGGAACAAUCGGUGGUUCUACACCUGGCAAGAGGCUUCUGGGAUUGAAAGUUGUUUCGUGUAGUGACAUCAUAGAUGUGGGACAUAACCGUAUUCUUGUCUAUCCUGCCCAGAACAUUGGCUGGGGAAGUGCCCUUGUGCGAUCAGUCAUCAAGAACUUUACGAUAGCCUUCUUCUUCCCAGCAUGCCUCACAGUAUUUUUCUUCAAGUACAGUCGUGCUGCAUAUGACGUUCUUGCCAGCACAGUGGUUGUCCAAGCAGGAGAGGAAGACAAUAUUUAGAGAAUGGCUGAGACUGAUGCAGAUUGUGAUAUACUGGUUCUCAUCUCUGUGCAGCUGGACUGACUAAGGGAUUGUUCUGUGCAGACAGUGAUAUUCAUGCAGCAUUGGACUGCAACUGGGAAUUUUAGAUAAUAAUUUAAUAUGUUGAUUCUGUAAAAUUAUUAUGUUAUUUCAUGUGAUGACUAAAUAUCAUUAAGAGAUAAGUGAAUAGGUUUUGAAGAUAGGGAUUUCAAAAUUAAUUUUUGUAACCAGCAAUAAUAUUUUUAUGUGUAUUUUCCUCAUGAUAUUUAUAUUCAGGUUUUCGGUAAUCUGGGUUCUGUUAAAGAGACAAUUUUCUUUGAAUUUGUCUGAUUGAGCAAUGUUGCUAAAUUUUGGUAAUUCGGCAUCAGAGAGCAACAUUUGUUUUAAAAUGUGUGGAGUUUUUUUUGGGACAGUUUGCAUAAAACUUUGUAAUGAUCCAACACAGAUACUAUUUAAUCGUUUGUUCAUAAUCAAGAUUAAUCAAGUAAUGAAUAUUGAGUGAGUGAUUAAUAUUUUUCAAUUUUAUCUAUUAAUGACCCAGAAGCUGAUGAUGUUAUUAAAUAAUCAGAAUGGACACAUUUCAUAUUUAGUUACGUUGUUGGCGAUGAAGGAUGAGGAUGAACUUACAGUGAAGGCAGUAAGAGUUUAUUGCAUGUAAAAACUGACCUAGUAGAUAUAUCUGUACUACCUGAUUGUCAAGAUGGACAAUUGACUUGCUUUAUUGGCUCAGUAACAAUGGCGUAUGAAUGCAUGCAGUGAAAUUGAUUAGCUUAUGUAAAUACCAGCAUAUAAGGGUUACAUGAUAGUAGGAGUGAAACGGUAUAUCGAGGUAAUUUGCCUUCGGCUUGGUAUACCAUAAUGCAAUCAAAAUAUUCUGUAUUUUCAGUCAUUUUAUUAACCUUUUUCUAUAAUGUCUAGAAAUGAAUCAUUUUGUCAAAAUCUAUGCAUUUCUUUGCUAGACGGACGCUGUUUUCCCUAAAGUAAGUUCUCAUAUACCGAACCGAAGGCCUUGUACCGCAAUACGUACCGUACCGUGGCUAGAGCGUACCGUUUCACCCCUACACGAUAGCAUAUAAUAACACUCGCAUCUCCACCACUAAUUCCGGUAUCAUGAGGGUAGCUAUCAGCUUUUGGCAGGCCUAUUUAGUCAUGAAGGCUACUGUUAAACAAACUUGUAGAAAGAUCUUGACAUGACAACAGAAAACAUGGAUUUUUGUAAUAGAGGAAGGUUUGUUUCACAUCUACCUGGCACAUUGUGAGAACAAUUCCAUGAGCACCGUUUCUUAGUCAGCCUCAGACCCCGUUCAGUGAGAAUGUUUUUUACCUCCACAAACAGUAAUAAAACCGUCAUAAAUUUC